AGUUCUCAGUUGGGGGACGGUUGGCCUGAUAACACGUCGGAGAACAAAACAAGACUAUACCCACCGAAAAUAAAACAUCAGCAUUGAAUUUGUUGGGAGCACGAUUUCUUUGUAUUGUGACUUUGGAUAAAUUCUGAUGGAUUCAGGUGUCGCACGAACAAGAGCGGCUCACUUUUGGAAAAAAAUAAACAGGAAGUUGUUUGCGUUGUGGGACGUGUAGUUCUGCUUGCAGGCCGUCGGGCUUGAUAGCAGCGGAUAGAAAAAGAAACAUCAAUAAAAUAAUCCUAACAUAAUCUGAACAUCGUGUUUGUGGCCUCGAGUCUGGAGAAAACAUGCCCGGGUUCACCUGUUGUGUCCCUGGCUGCUACAACAACUCGCACAGGGACCGGGACCUGCGUUUCUACACAUUUCCUAAGGACACCACGCUGAGGGAGCAGUGGCUGAGGAACAUCUCCCGGGCCGGGGUCAGCGGCUGCUUCAGCACCUUUCAACCCACUACAGGACACCGAGUUUGCAGUGUGCAUUUUGCAGGUGGGAGGAAAACCUACAGCGUCCGAGUGCCGUCCCUGUUUCCUUUGAGGGGCGUGAAUGAGCGCAGGAGUCGGCGGGGCAGAGGGAGGAAGGUAUCCGCGGCGGUUCCAUCCUCGCCCACUGUGCCGACCUCCAGGAUUAUCACAACCAGCGUACUGGGGAACACGGCUGGUGUAGCCGAGGGCAAUACCGGCGGCGAGGCGAGCGACGAUAAUAUCACUGUGGUCCAGAUAGGACAAAAUGGGGAGUACUUGGGCACUGCGCGGCUACCCGCCCAGUCAGAGGGGACUUGUUACACCGCACCGAUCGACAGCGCAGAGGAGCUCACAGCCGACGAUUCAUUAGUUGAAACCGGGACCGUCGUGAACCAGGUACCCGUACACUUUGUUAGUGUGACAAGCAGCCCACUGGACCACUCGUACUCUCUGACCACCGGCACCACUUCUGCCGAGCUGCUUCGGAAACUGAACGAACAACGGGACAUCAUCGCACUGAUGGAGGUGAAAAUGAAAGAGAUGAAGGCAACCAUUCGCCAGCUCCGGGUGACCGAGGCCAAGUUGCAGGAGGAGGUGCGGGAACGGGACCGGUUGCUGUUCGGCCACUCGAUUGUUAAUGUCCGAAAGAAAAUCUGAUGUGAUAGUAAGAUAUAUCCGGAGAUGAACCGUUGCAGAGACUCAAAUUAACCGAGGGGGAGGAGAGGUUUGAAGACAGGUCCAGCCCAAUUUUUGUAUUAAACUGCAAGCGAUGACAAUUUAUUUUCACCAAGUAGAUCCGGUUUUAAUACGCCUGAUGUUUUUUUUGUUUGUUUUUUAUAUAAGUCUGACUAGUUUAUGUAGCUAAUAAUAAGAACUGAUUGCUAAUCACACAAAAACAUUGUCUAUACAACCAACAUAUGCAGCCCAAGCAAGAUUGGUAUACACAUUACUCCAGACUCAUAAGCAGUCAAAUAGUUACAUAUUGAGCUGGUUGUCUAAUAAAUUUACUGAGAAAGAUGCUCAGAACUGCCUAAUAUUUUUGUCUUUAAUGCUUUGUUAUUGUGUUUUCUUACUUUUCAGCUGAAAGUAAGAGGCUGAUGCAAGAAACGUCUCAAAACAGAUAGCUGAAGAUGAAAUGCACCAAGAUUAAGUUUAAUAUUUUAUAUUUUCUUUGCAACAAAAAGACUACUCUUGGCACAUUUGGUUUUCAUAAUCUUUUCUACUACAACUGUAUCAGAGUUGCUUUUACGUGUGCAACAAAGGACUUUAAGGGACUUCUUAAUUACGAAGGCACUCAAAAUAUGUCAUUAAAGGAUGUUUCUUGAAGACCUACAUUGUGUUUUGUUUAAGUUUUUAUUCAUAGGAAAUCUUAGUACAAGGACGUAGAAAAACAUAUACUCAAGAUACUUUAUGCAACUUGAACAUGUAUGUGUUACUCCAAGGUUUUAUGAAAUGGCACCCACUUGUUUCUAUGUGAUUCAAGAAUAUUAUGUGCCUGUUAGAUGUUUUUUUUUCAGCACAGAAAAGUAGUGGCUGCCUCUUUUGGUCCUGUUCAUGAGUGUGCUAUGAACAGGAUGGGACAUAUUUCUGACUUUUUUCUUUCUUUUUUUUUAUCAACUUGGUCUGACAGCUGUGUUUAGUAAAUUUCUUUGAAAAAUGUUGUACUAAUUCGCACAGUACAAUUUCUGAAGUUUACAAAUGAGUCAUUAUUUUGUCCAGUGUCAGAUCUGGGGGUAACAAGCUACAUAUUCAGAAGGGUUUAUCCCAUCCUGCCUGGGUAAAAAUGCUCAACUGCAGAGUGGUUUUUUGUUUGUUUUGAAAAGAGAAGGGUUUGCAUUGGUUCCUGUUAGUUCUAUUAAACCAGUGUAUUUUUCAGCUGUGUUGACUUGUGAAAAAAACUAAUAAAAUUGGAAUAUUACAUAA